AUGCCUCAAAUCACAGCUGAGCAGCUUCCCACCCUCCCCGUGGAUGUCACUCCCGAGUGGCUGGGGUCAAAGCUGGGGCAUAAGAUCAAGUCAAUCAAAAACACGCACACCAUCUGGGGUACGGGCAGCAAGCUGUUCUACACCAUCACGUACGAGGAUGAGAGCAGCAACGACGACAGGCCGACGCACAUUUGCGUCAAGGGCGUCUUCAGCCCCGAGAUUAUCAAGGCACAGCCGUGGACCGUCAGCUUGGCACAGCGCGAAGCGGACUUCUUCUCCAAGGUGGCGCCUAACGUCAAGAACAUGCUCUACCCCAAGGGUUGGUGGAGCGGGACGAGCGAGACACAGGGCAUCGCCGUGAUGAGCGACCUGGUCAAGGACGGCUGCACCUUUCCCGCCGAGGUCGCCUCGUACCCGGUCAAGAAGGUCAUGAACGGUGUCGAACAGCUGGCAGGUCUGCAUGCGCAGUACUGGGGCCAGAGCCAAGAAGACCACCCUUGGAUCUGGAACAACUACGAUCCGGCCAUGAAGUUCAUGUGCACGCCGUGGGACGAGGUGGUGCGGACACCAGGCCGGCCGCAGCUGCCCGACUACCUGAUGGACGGCAAGCGUUGCAACGAGGCGCUGGACCGGUACUACGCCGAGCGCAACCCCCGGUUCCGCACGCUGUUGCACGGCGACACGCACAUUGGCAAUGUCUACUUCACCGGGGACGGCCGCAUCGGGUUUCUGGACUGGUCGGCCUUCCACUUCGGCUCGUGCUUCCACGACAUUGUCUACCACAUGACGGCCAUGCUGAGCGUCGAGGACCGCCGCGCCCACGAAAUGGAGAUCCUCGACCACUACCUCGAGACGCUGCACCGCCUCGGCGGGCCCAGGUUUGACCGCCACAACGACCCGGAGGUCAUGGUCGAGUACCGGCGCUCCUUCAUGACCAACGUCAUCUGGCUCAUCUGCCCCGACGGCCUGCAGACUAAAGAGCGCGUUGCGGCCUUGUGCGAGCGCACUGUUGCUACGUACGACGACCACAGAGUCAUUGAUGUUAUUCUGGGGCAGCCAAAGCCUGCUACUGCUUAG